GCAUUACGCGCGUAUCCACCGUGUCGCGUGAACGCGAACGUGUCAAACGCGGCGUACGGUGUGUCGAAAAAUCGCGCACUCGAUUCGAUCCGCACAUCGGGAUUUAUUGAUCCGACGCGAGAGAUAAGUUCGGGUGUCCCCCGUUAUCGUUGGUUCUCCGCGAAUCUUGAAAUUGCAUCACCUCGUGACACACCCCGGGUGUGCGGGGCGAGAACGCGUUUGCGACGCCCGGCAAAUUUCGAAGAGUGCCCUGUGUUUGUGUUGCACGCGCGCGACUGGUUCGAUAACGUUAAACAAAAGCUGUAUGGCAACAGCAUUGCAAAAGUAAGAAAAUGUCCAGGAAGCGUCCCAGAGUAGAAACUAUGCUGACUACUGUAUCCCUUCAGAAUAAUAUUAAUGGAGAAAACCCAUCUUGUUCGAGGGAAGAUUCUCCGAUUCAUGCUUCUAUCUGUAAAGAAGCACCCUUUAGUGAUGAUUCAGAGGCUAUUAUAGAGAGAAAUGCAUGUGAUUACAAUACAAGAAUUACUUUAAAACAAGCAAGGAGUGGAAAAGUUCCUAGAAAAAUUCGAGUUUAUGCCGACGGUAUUUAUGAUCUUUUUCAUCAAGGACAUGCACGGCAACUUUUACAAGCAAAGAAUAUCUUUGCAAACGUUUAUCUCAUUGUUGGAGUGUGUAAUGAUGAGUUGACACAUAGUAAGAAAGGAAGAACUGUAAUGACAGAUUUAGAAAGAUACGAUGCUGUUAGGCAUUGUAGAUAUGUAGAUGAAGUUGUCCGAGAUGCACCUUGGGAACUUGAUGAUGAGUUUCUUAAGAAGCAUAAGAUUGACUUUGUGGCUCAUGACGAUAUACCAUAUAUGUCAGAAGAUAGCUCAGACGUUUAUGCUAAACUAAAAGCUAAAGGCAUGUUUGUAGCAACACAGAGAACAGAAGGUGUUUCUACAUCGGAUAUAGUUGCAAGAAUAGUCAAAGAUUAUGACAUAUAUGUUAGAAGAAAUCUUGCGCGAGGUUACAGUGCAAAGGAACUUAAUGUUUCUUUUCUUAAUGAAAAAAAAUUUCGCCUACAAAACAAAUUUGAUGAUCUGAAAGAUAAAGGAAAAAGAGUAAUGGAAAAUAUUGGUGAGAAACGAAUGGACAUGAUAAGUAAAUGGGAAGAAAAAUCUCGGGACUUUAUCGAUGCUUUUCUUUUGCUAUUUGGAAGAGAAGGCAGAUUGUCAACAAUUUGGAAUGAAAGUAAAGGUCGCUUAAUGCAAGCAUUAUCUCCACCAGCAAGUCCGAAAAGAGAUGGCAGUCCAAAUAGCAGUAACAGCAGUAACAGUCACAAUGAUGAAGAUCAGACAAGUCCACCACCAAACAAGACAGGACGCUAUGAGUUUUCACAUCAAAACAAUCAUUAUUUAAGCGAUGAUUAUAGUGAUGAUGAAGAGGAAAAUUUACACUCCAAAUGAUAAUUGAUUACAUUAAAGCAGCAUUAUGUAUUCUUUUUGACCAAACUAUCGUGCAAUUUUUAUUUAUUACCUUGAAAAUUUAGAUGUAUUUUCAUACAAUUGCAUAAAUUCCUAAUGCAGAGUGUAAUGAUAUGCUUGAUGGAUUUUGUAUGACAUGAGCUGGUAUAUAUAUUAAACAUAUUGCCUAUUGUGAUGUGAAAGUUUAA